UCACCACAGAGCUCAGCAUCCUCUCGGAGGCGCAGCAGGGAGGAGACAGCAGAGCCAUUUUGCCCUUAGCCAGAGUGUAGCCUCACCGUUCUCUCCCUCUCUCUCUCCCUUUCUCUCUCUCCUAACACCGGGGGCUCCAGAACAGAGCUCUCCGGUAUCCGUUCACCUUGGCUUCCCCGUGCUUGACGGAAGGGGGUCGGGGGGCAAAGACGGCGUCGUUUUGACCGGAGGAUAGUGUCGUUAUCGCGGGACAGCGGGACGAGACGAGGCGGUGGGUGGCGGCGGUGGAGGUGGGGGUGGAUGGUGAACACGAACCAAGGACACACAGCAGCAGCCAACGAGCGGGCUCCAGGAGAGGAGCCAGCCCACGCAGAGACCAGGCCGAGAGAUCUGCAGUGAUCCGGACCCAGACCCUCAGAGCCGGUCCCAGCCCCCCUGAGUAGGACCCAGCCCCCCUGAGCAGGACCACAGCCCCCCCCCCCCCCCCCCCACCCCAGGGUGCCAGACAGGAGGAGGAGCCAUGGCGGCCUCAGUCAAAGUGGCGGUGCGCGUCCGGCCGUUCAACUCCAGGGAGACGGGCAAGGACAGCAAGUGCAUCAUCCAGAUGAACGGGAACACCACCACCAUCCUCAACCCCAAGCAGCCCAAGGAGAACAAGAGCUUCAACUUCGACUACUCCUACUGGUCCCACACCACUCCGGAGGACUCCAACUUUGCGUCGCAGCUCCAGGUCUACAAAGACAUCGGGGAGGAGAUGUUGCUUCACGCCUUCGAGGGAUACAACGUCUGCAUCUUCGCCUACGGCCAGACGGGCGCCGGCAAGUCCUACACCAUGAUGGGCAAGCAGGACGUCAAGGACCAGCAAGGGAUCAUUCCCCUGCUCUGUGAGGACCUGUUCACCAAGUUCAACGACACCAACAUCGAUAACAACAUGGCCUACUCCGUGGAGGUCAGCUACAUGGAGAUCUACUGCGAGCGCGUGCGUGACCUGCUGAACCCCAAGAACAAGGGCCACCUGCGGGUCCGCGAGCACCCUCUGAUGGGCCCCUACGUGGAGGACCUGUCCAAGCUGGCCGUCACCUCCUACAACGACAUCCAGGACCUCAUGGACUCUGGGAACAAGGCCAGGACCGUGGCGGCGACCAACAUGAACGAGAGCAGCAGUCGUUCCCACGCCGUCUUCAACAUCAUCUUCACCCAGAAGCGCCGCGACGCAGACACAGACAACACCUCAGAGAAGGUGAGUAAGAUCAGCCUGGUGGACCUGGCGGGCAGCGAGCGUGCCGACUCCACCGGCGCCAAGGGAACCAGACUCAAGGAAGGAGCAAACAUCAACAAGUCCCUCACCACCCUGGGAAAGGUGAUCUCCGCCCUGGCAGAAGUGGACUCUGGACCCAAUAAGAACAAGAAGAAGAAGAAGGUGGAGAACCACAUCCCCUACAGAGACUCUGUGUUGACCUGGCUCCUACGAGAGAACCUGGGGGGUAACUCCCGGACGGCGAUGGUGGCCGCGCUGAGUCCUGCGGACAUCAACUACGAUGAGACUCUGAGCACCCUCAGGUACGCGGACCGGGCCAAGCAGAUCCGCUGCAACGCGGUGAUCAACGAGGACCCCAACAACCGGCUGGUGCGGGAGCUGAAGGACGAGGUGUCGCGGCUCCGAGACCUGCUGCUGGCCCAGGGCCUGGGGGACAUCAUUGAGACAUUUCGGAGUUCUGGAACCGAGAUAGCUGGUUUGAAAUACUCGACCGAUUUGAAGAACAAUAACAAUAAAGGCCAGGCUGUCAAUCAAAAGGGUGAUCUCUCCACAGUGACCAGUAGCACGACAGGGAUGAGCCCCUCGCCCUCCCUGUCGGUGCUGUCCAGCCGGGCCGGCUCCAUCGCCAGCCUGCACGACCGCAUCAUGUUCACCCCCGGCAGCGAGGAGGCCAUCGAACGCCUCAAGGAAACCGAAAAGAUUAUCGCUGAACUCAACGAGACCUGGGAGGAGAAGCUCCGUCGCACUGAGGCCAUCCGGAUGGAGAGAGAGGCUCUGCUGGCGGAGAUGGGCGUGGCCAUGAGGGAGGAUGGAGGAACCCUGGGCGUGUUCUCCCCCAAGAAGACCCCUCAUCUGGUGAACCUGAACGAAGACCCCCUGAUGUCAGAAUGUCUCCUGUACUACAUCAAGGACGGCGUCACCAGGGUCGGCCGCGUGGACGCCAGCAGCCGCCAGGACAUCGUGCUGAGCGGACACUUCAUCAUGGACGAACACUGCACCUUCACCAGCUCCACGGGCCCCACUGGAGAGGCCGUGGUGUUGGAGCCCUGCGAGGACGCGGAGACGUACGUCAACGGGAAGAGGGUGGCCGAGGCCACCGUCCUGAAGUCAGGGAACCGCAUCAUCCUGGGGAAGAGCCACGUCUUCCGCUUCAACCACCCGGAGCAGGCCCGCGCAGAGAGGGAGCGGACGCCCUGCGCCGAGACCCCCGUGGAGCCCGUGGACUGGGCCUUCGCCCAGAGGGAGCUGCUGGACAAGCAGGGCAUCGACAUGAAGCACGAGAUGGACCAGAGGCUGCAGGAGCUGGAGGAGCUCUACCGUAAAGAACGGGAGGAGGCCAACCACCUUCUGGAGCAGCAGCGGCUGGAGUACGAGAGCAAGCUGGAGGCGCUUCAGAAGCAGGUGGACCGCUGCCUGCCCGACGCCACAGAGGAAGAGGAGGAGCCGGAGGAAGAAGUCCAGUGGACGGCGAAGGAGACGGAGCUGGCCGUGUGGGGCUUCCGCAAGUGGCGGUCGUACCAGUUCACCUCCCUGAGGGACCUGCUGUGGGGCAACGCCAUCUUCCUGAAGGAGGCCAACGCCAUCAGCGUGGAGCUCAAGAAGAAGGUCCAGUUCCAGUUUGUCCUGCUGACGGACACGCUGUACUCCCCGCUGCCCCAAGACCUGCUGCCCCCCGAGACCGAGAAGGACCGCGAGGCGAGGCACUUCCCCCGCACCAUCGUCGCCGUCGAGGUGCAGGACCAGAAGAACGGGGCGACCCACUACUGGACCCUGGAGAAGCUCAGACAGAGGCUGGACCUGAUGAGGGAGAUGUACGACCGGGCCGCCGAGGUGCCCAGCAGCAACGCGGUCGAGGACAGCGAGAGCGUGAUGACCGGCGGAGACCCCUUCUACGACCGCUUCCCCUGGUUCCGUCUGGUCGGCAGCAACCUCAUUUUCAACGCGUGUAUGAGCGAGCGCAUGAGCGACCCCACCCCCUCCCCCACCCCGUCGGUGUCGGAGGUGACGGAGCCGGCCGACGGCCGCGGGGGGGAGGACCUCGAGGACUUAGAGGACCUGGAGGAUGAUGAGAUCUUCCUGGACCACCCGUGCUUGGAGCUCGGGGGACAGGAUGAUGAUGAGGUGGAGAAGGAGGAUGAGGAGGAUGAGGAGGAGGAGGAGGAGGAGGAGGAGGAGGAGGGGGCGUUCUGCGGAGGCUCCAGCGAAGGCCAGGACCCCUUUUACGACCGCUCUCCGAUAUUCAGUGUAGUGGGAAGGUCCUUCGUCUACCUGAGUAACCUUCUGUACCCGGUGCCUCUGGUGCACCGCGUGGCCGUGGUGAACGAGAAGGGCGAGGUGAAGGGUUUCCUGCGCGUGGCGGUCCAGGCCAUAUCAGGCGACGAGGAGGCUCCAGACUACGGCUCAGGAGUACGCCAGUCAGGGACCGCCAAGAUCACCUUCGAUGACCACCAGUUUGAGAAGUUCCAGUCUGAAUCCGGUCCGGGUGUUCCGCUGGUUCCGCUGGGGGGCGUGUCCCGGGCAGGGGGCGUGUCCCAAGAGGAGCUGCGCUUCGUGGAGGGGGAGGGGCAGAGUGCAGAGACAGCGCCCUCUGCUGACGAGGUCAACAACAACACAGCUGGGUCUGAUGAGGCGGACGCUCCAGCUAAGCCCCCCCUGGACGCCCCUCUGGGGGGCGCUCUAGAGCACCUGAAGAUCGGCAGCCUGUUCACCUUCAGGGUCACCGUGCUGCAGGCCUACAGCAUCUCGGCCGAGUACGCAGACAUCUUCUGCCAGUUCAACUUCAUCCACCGCCAUGACGAGGCCUUCUCCACGGAGCCCCUGAAGAACACCGGCCGCGGCCCCCCGCUCGGGUUCUACCACGUACAGAACAUCGCGGUGGAGGUGACCAAGUCGUUCGUGGAGUACAUCCGGACGCAGCCCAUCGUGUUCGAGGUGUUCGGUCACUACCAGAAGCAGCCCUUCCCCCCGCUCUGCAAGGACGUCAUCAGCCCGCUGCGUCCGUGCAGGAGACACUUCCCCAGAGUCAUGCCCCUCUCCAAACCUGUCCCUGCCACCAAGCUGACAGCCAUGACGCGUCCCAGCGCCGGAGCCUGCCACUGUAAAUACGACCUGAUGGUUCUGUUUGAGAUCUGUGAGCUGGAGGCUAACGGAGACUACAUCCCAGCGGCGGUGGACCACAGGGGGGGCAUGCCAUGUCACGGCACCUACCUGCUGCACCAGGGUCUCCAGAGGAGGGUCACAGUCACCAUCGUCCACGAGUCCGGGGGCGACAUCGAGUGGAAGGACGUCCGGGAGCUGGUCGUGGGUCGCCUGCGUAACACCCCCGAGGCGGACGAGACCAUCAUCGACCCCAACAUCCUGUCGCUCAACAUCCUGUCGGCCGGCUACGUCAGGCCCACGCAGGACGACAGACAGUUUCUUGAUUCGGACAUGCCUAGCACCUCCCUUGGAGUUGACCAUAGGACCUUCUACCGGUUCGAGGCGGCCUGGGACAGCUCCAUGCACAACUCCCUGCUGCUGAACCGCGUCACGCCCUACGGGGAGAAGAUCUACAUGACCCUCUCAGCCUACCUGGAGAUGGAGAACUGCACCCUGCCCACGGCCAUCACCAAGGACGUGUGCAUGGUGUUCUACUCCCGGGACACCAAGGUGCCGGCCGCCCACACCAUCCGCACGCUGUUCGGCACGGGCAGCCUGCGGGCCACCGAGGGCAACCGUGUUACGGGCGUGUACGAGGUCAGCCUGUGUCACCUGGCGGACGCCGGCAGCCCAGGUAUGCAGCGGCGGCGGCGGCGUGUUCUGGACACGUCGGUGGCGUACGUCCGCGGCGAGGAGAACCUGGCGGGCUGGCGGCCGCGCAGCGACAGCCUCAUCCUGGAGCACCAAUGGGAGCUGGAGAAACUCAGCCUGCUGCAGGAGGUGGAGAAGACGCGCCACUUCCUUCUCCUCAGGGCCAAGCUGGAGUCCACCCUCCUGCUGGGCCUGGAGCCGCUGGCCAGCGUCACCGAGGAGGAGGAGGAGGAGGAGCUGGAGGUGGCUCCUCCCAAGCCCCCUCAGGCCGACCGCGACCUGGACCCCCCCGACGCAGACUUCCACAGCGAGAGGCAGAGGGAGCUAGCCGCUAAGUGUCUGCGGCUGAUGACCCACUCCUUCAACAGAGAGUACAGCCAUGUGUGCGUCAGCGCGAGCGAGAGCAAGCUCUCCGAGAUGUCCGUCACCAUGCUGAGAGACUCCGCCUCCAGCUCCGCCCUCAACACCAUCACCCCGUCCACCACCUGCCCCUCCCUGGUCGAGGGCUCCUACACAGACCUCAGGCCCCCCUCGGUGCGCUCCCGGGCCCCCAGCCCGAGCCGUGAGGCCCAGCAGAACGGCGGAGAGAAGAAGACCGCGCCGCCCCGCAUCCGGAGGUUCGUCCCGGACAUCCAGGAGAUACGAGUCAGCCCCAUCGUGUCUAAGAAGGGCUACCUCCACUUCCUGGAGCCCAACACCAGCGGCUGGGUGAAGCGCUACGUGGUGGUGCGCCGGCCGUACGUCUACAUCUACAACACGGAGCGGGACUCGGUGGAGCGCGCCAUCCUGAACCUGUCCUCCGCCCAGGUGGAGUACAGCGAGGACCAGCAGGCCAUGCUCAAGACCCCCAACACGUUCGCAGUGUGCACGGAGCACCGGGGGAUUCUCCUCCAGGCCAACAGCGACAAGGAGAUGCACGACUGGCUGUACGCCUUCAACCCCCUGCUGGCCGGGACCAUCAGGUCGAAGCUCUCCCGGAGAAGAGCAGGACCACUGAGGAUGUGAGGAGACACUCAGGUCCCCACGGAACAACAAAGACUGACCCUGUAGAAAGAUCUCACCCCACCUCCUCCUCCUCCACACCUCCUCCUACACCACCACCACCGUCACCAACAACACCCGCACAUGCUCAGUUCCUUACCUGCCUUCUCAAGACCCUGAACCCCCGACCCCAUGACCCCAUGACCCCUUGACCCCGUGUUUGUCAAGCCUUUUGCUGCUGCUGUUGUGUCGUUCUCUGGGUUGAGCUGACCUCCGUUCAAGGACCAAGGUACCAUUUCGCGGUUCGAUGUACGCUACGAUGUAUGCUACAGCAUCGCGGUACGGUGUACGCUACGAUGUACGCUACGAUGUACGCUGCAAUAUCGAGGUACAAUCUACGGUACAAUCUACGCUAUGAUCUAUGCUACGAUGUACGCAACAAUAUCACAGUACGAUGUAAGCUACGAUAUCGCGGUGCGAUGUACGCUACGAUUUCGCUGUACGAUGUACCCUACGAUAUCGCGGUACGAUGUAAGCUAUGAUAUGGCCGUAAGAUGUUAGCUACGAUAUCGCAGUACGACGCCGCGGUAGCGUGCGGUAGCGUGCCUUAGCGUGCGGUACGGUAUGGCAUGUGCGGUGCCGCGAGGCAGCAGUUUGUCGUGUAAGGUUCCUUGCGUGUGGUGAUUGUAGUUGUUGUCCGCGACACUCUGAGCUUAACUUGUUCCUUCCUCUAAAAACAAAACAAAACAAAAAAAAAGCAGCAGCGAUUGUAUCCAUUACUUACGGCUGCCAUGGCGAUAAGAAUCACUUCAUUUGCAUAUCAACCGACGAUAAAAGUACGAAAUACUAAAAAAGUUCGGAUUCUUCUCCAUUAUGCUAGAACUACGGUAUAUACAGUGUUCAAACUGGUUUGCAUUAAAACAAAAUACUACAUUAUAGGGUUACUGAUUAAAAAAAAAAAUACAUAUAUACAAGACAGCUGAAUUUAUGACUUUAAAACUUUGUGUUUGACUUCGGGUUCAAAUGUGGGAUUGGAUAAUGUCCUAGUGUCAGAAGCCCUCCGUAAACUUGACCUCUGACCUCAGAUGUUGAGUGAGUUACAGGAGGUUACAGAAUGUUUUUGGUGAAACUGGAAGAAGCUUCAUCUCCGCUGUUUAUUUCAGAGUUCAUCCCUCAGUGGAAAAUCAUCAGAUUAAUCUCAAUACCUACCCCCCCCCCCCUCUUUAUUCAUCAAUCUUAAAAUGUGAUAUAUUUAGGUAUCUUAACAGGUCUUAUUAUUUAUUUCUGCAUGUAUUUAUUUAUAAAA